UAAAGAUUAAAACACAUACAAAGUCGUUGACCUAAUUGUCGUAUAAAUACGUAGUUUAUCCAAACAGACGUAAUGUUUUAUUGGAAUAAUUUGUAAAUGCGAAAAUGACAGACAGGUAUUGAAAUUAGGUCCUUUGAUUGUACUAAAAUGGACAAAGACUAAUUUUGAUGCUCUAUCUCAUCAACUUUAUUACUUGCAAUGAAAAUCGGAUUAUGAUUAAUCGGUGAGUCAUUCCGAAUGUCAUAUGACACACUAAGACGAUAUUUUCUGAAAACGAAACACAGGGUUAAGGUCAUAGAACACGCAAGUCAUGUUACGCAGUGAACAAAUCGUAAUAUCUUAACAGGAAUAUAGGAGCUAAAUACUAAAGAAAUGGAAGACAAAGACUGGUCAUAUAAAGAUGAGGAAGAGAAUGCAUCAGAUUCACCUCUGUAUGAAUUGAAUGAAACAAACACAUGUCACCCAUGUAAGCUGGUGAAGAAAUUAGCCUUUGCAAACAAGUAUUGCAUUGAAUGUGAGGAGAUGUUAUGUGAGGAUUGUGUAAUUAGUCAUGUAAAAAGGAAGGCAACUGCUUCACAUAAGCCUGUACCGACCGACAAAAGUUAUGCAAGUAUUAUUUUAUGCACUCCUUGUAAAGAUGACGGAACUACGAUACAUGCUGCUACUUAUUGUGAAGAAUGCGAGGAAUACCUUUGCAAUGACUGCACACGUUCUCAUGGAAAGAGAAAAGCAACGACGGCACACAAACCAAAAGCAUUAGAGGAUUUUGAUAACAAGGCAUUAAACACGCGUGCUAUUAAUCCGUUUUGCGAACCUUGCAAGGAUAACGAUAGAGAGAUUCGUUCACUAUCCUAUUGCGAAGAAUGUGACAAACAUUUAUGCGACUCGUGCACAGAAAUCCACCGCAGCAAGAAAGCAACAAACAAACAUUAUCCAGUACCAGGUUCUGUAUUUCACAUGAAGAGAAAGGAAACCACUGUGCAAGACCAAAAGCUGUGUGAUCCAUGUCAGUUUCAAAACAUUGAGAAAGAUGCAACAUCAUAUUGUGGAGAAUGUGAGGUACUACUCUGUGCUGCAUGUACGAAUUACCACUGUUUAAAAAAUAUGACAAAAUCACAUAUACUUGAAAGUCCAGACUGUGUGGAAUAUAUUACCAGAGAAUGUGAUAUUUGUGAGAAAGAAGAUAAAAAAGCAGUCAUGUUUUGCAAAACUUGUGAGAAAGCAAUCUGUGAAACUUGUAAACUGUGGCAUGAAGGGCAAAGUUCGACCAAAUCUCAUCCAACUGAGAUAAUCCCCGAUAGGAAGCUAGAAAGAUUGAUAAGAUGUGACAACUGUAUUGAGAAUAUCAUAAAAGCAGAAAAGUUUUGUACAGUUUGUGAAGAAAAUUACUGUGUUGGUUGUGUAAGUAACCAUAGAAAACUAAAGGCGACUAGAGGCCACAAACUAAUACGAGCUGUAUCUGUUCAAAUAUACAAAAAGGCUCAAAGGAAAGAAGUUGCUCUUUGUGGCGAAUGCGGAAAAGACGAAGGCUUAUCAAAAUAUUGUUCAGAAUGUCAACAUUAUUUGUGCAAAGAAUGUUGCGAGAUACAUCGGCGUAGUAGAUUUACCAUGUCCCAUAAACUCCAGGAGAACGAUGAGAUUGAAGAUGUGAACAUUCAAGACUGCGACUCUUGCAAGUUACCCGGUUCAGCAGAAUCCUACUGUGAGCAGUGUGGUGAAUUCUUUUGCACAAUCUGCAAUAAGCAUCACCAGAAGUUCAAAGAAACAAGUGGGCAUGAAAUAAAAUCAGUUCAGGAUGGUAUUCUUCAAAGAAUGGCACAACAACAAUGUAUUGAAGACAUUCAGUUACGUAAUUCACAACGCUUCCCGGGGAAACCGAGAUCUUUGGAAAUCAUGGUAGAUACAGUUACACUCACAUGGGACCCACCAUCAACAAUUGGGGAAGGCGACUGUUAUCAAAUCAGUUAUAAAGAAAGUAGCCACGGGGAAAACUGGAAGUUUUAUCAAGGUGAAUUGAAGUCAUCAACUGCCGUCAUAAGCGAUUUGAAAUCAAAUACAGCUUUUGUUUUCCAAGUUUGUGUAGUUAAUGAGGAUUGCGUUGGUCCUUACAGUGAGCAAAGUGAUGAAAUCUUUACAUUAGAAUCACAAGCUUCAAGACUCGUACAAGCUUCAGUUCUGAUAGAGAAAGGAAAUCCGUCACCAUCCAAGUAUGCAUUACCAUUAUCUGAAAUAAGGGAGGCAAGAAAUCAGCAAACGAAGACAAAUAAAUUUCAGCUCGGUGCACCACCAACAAACAGUUGUAAACCAAAGACAAUUAUGCUGGUAGGCGCUAAAGGAACAGGAAAAAGUACCUUAGUAGAUGGAAUAGUAAACUAUGUGUUAGGUGUUAAGUGGGAUGAUCCGUUUAGAUUUACAGUCAAAGAUGUAGAACAAAAGGUUGAAGCAGAAUGGAUAACGUGUUACACACUCAACCCAGAGAUGGGAAGUCGUCUUGACUAUCCAUUAAAUAUCAUAGAUACCCCAAGUUUUGGAGCUAUAAGAGAUCUGGGAAAAGAUCUGGAAAUUGUUCAACAAUUUAGACAAUUAUUUACCGAAAAUGAGCCAAAGUGUGUAAAAUUCAUAGAUGCAGUCUGUUUUGUCAUAAAAGCUCCAGAUGCUCGUCUUACAGCUGUCCAAAGCUAUAUUUUUCAGUCGAUUAUGUCACUUUUUGGCAGAGAUAUUGAAAACAACAUUUGUUCUCUUGUAACGUUUGCUGACGGCAUUGACCCACCUGUUCUAGCUGCUUUGAAGCAAUCAGAAUUACCUUUUGGUAAGAGUUUCUUAUUCAAUAACUCCGGUCUGUUUGCCAAGAACUUUAAAAUCAGUUCUUCUAAUUUAUCCUCAAUGUUUUGGGACAUGGGAUUGAAAAGAUUUCGAGCUUUUUUUCAUCACCUGGAGCAGGUAGAAACAAACAAUCUUCAGUUGACAAGAGAUGUUCUUGAUGAACGUUCACGCCUGGAAUCGACAAUUAAAAUCUUGCAGCCACUACUUCACGCUGGGCUAACAAAAGUGAAUAAUAUGAAGCAAGAGAUACGUAUUAUUGAUGAGUAUACAGGACUGAUAAAAGACAACCAAAAUUUCGAGUAUGAGGUAGAGGAAACACAUCAAAAAAAGAAAGAAUUACAGCGCGGACAGUAUCACACCAACUGUAUUAUGUGCCACUUUACUUGUCAUGAAAAUGGAACAUCUCUUGACAGAGAAAAAAUUGCCAGGUUAAGCUGUAUGGGAAGCAAUGGAUGCUGUAAUUCUUGUCCAGAUAAAUGCCAUUGGACAAAACAUACAACUACUCCUUACAAGUUUGAGUAUGCUAUUGUCAAAGUGAGAAAAAUAUAUGCAGAAAUGCAAGAGAAAUAUAAUAAUGCAAGAGGAAAACUUUUGUCACAGGAAAAAAUAGUAGAAAAGCUUGGAGAAGAACUAAAUAACUUACAAGACGAUAUUGAAGACAUGAUGGUUGCCAUAAAGACGUGCAAUGAGCGAUUGAAGGAAAUUGCACUGAGACCAAACCCAUUAACAAUGACAGAGCAUAUUGAUUUGAUGAUAGAAAACGAAAAGCUUGAAAAGAAAGAAGGGUUCAUGCAGCGAAUAAAUAUCCUUAAUGACUUCAGGAAAAAGGCUCAGAUUUCUAUCGAUGUAGAAAACAUUAGCAAAGAAGCUCGAACUACCCUAGGUGCUGUUGGGAAGAAGAGGGACUGAAACACAUAUUUUAAAAUAUUCAAUCAAACACAUAAUCUUAUACAAUCAGAAAACAUGUAGCAUACCGGUCUCAUGUUUCUUCUUAUACUGUAUGAUAUUUCAUUGGAUAAACAUUCAAAAGGUCUGAUGUUUUAGCUAAUCUUAGAAAAAAAUCUGAAUAAAAACAUUAAACAUAUUACACCACUGAAUCGCUGCAAUAAAGAGAUUGAUAUAUGACAAAUAAUAUCAACAAAAAAGGCGGCAGUCAGUAAACGCAUCCCACAACCCCGGAAAGGAUCCCAGCAGGACACCAAACAGGACAAAGCAAACGGGCAAAAAACGGAAGGAACGCCACCACAAACCAUUCCAAAUAGGAAAGCAAU